AUGGACUCGGCGCCAGCCUUCGCCAUGGACAAACCGUUCGCCCCCAGCGCCGUGCGCGGCCCGGAGCCGCCCGAAAACCCUCAGAGUCGGAAAAACUUCAGCGUGAGCCAUCUCCUCGACCUGGAGGAGGUGGCGGCCGGUAUGAACGGGACCCCCCCGGCCGGUCCCCCCCCCGCCGGUGGCAGCAAGGCCGUGCCGGAGCCGUCGGGAGGCAGCAGCGGCAGCGAGGCAGCACCCCAGGACGGUGAGAGCCUGAGCCCGAGCCGUGGGGCAGCCAAGAGGAAGAAGAAACAGAGGAGGAACCGCACCACCUUCAACAGCAGCCAACUGCAGGCUCUGGAGAGGGUUUUUGAGAGGACACACUACCCCGAUGCCUUCGUGAGGGAGGAGCUGGCGAGAAGGGUCAACCUCAGCGAAGCGAGAGUCCAGGUCUGGUUCCAGAACCGAAGGGCCAAGUUUCGCCGGAACGAGCGGGCGAUGUUGGCCAACAGGUCGGCGUCGCUGCUCAAAUCCUACAGCCAAGAGGCAGCCAUCGAGCAGCCCAUGGCACCACGGCCCACCACCCUGAGCCCGGAGUAUCUGUCCUGGACCAGCACCUCCCCAUACAGCACUGUGCCCUCCUACAGCUCCGGCGGCACCGCGACGCCCGCUCAAGGGGUGAACAUGGCCAACAGCAUCGCCAGCCUGCGCCUCAAAGCCAAAGAGUUCAGCCUCCACCAGAACCAAGUGCCCACCGUGAACUGACCGGGGGACACAGCCCAUCCCGUGGCCUCAGCCAGGGUACGGCGUGGAGCUCCUGGGCAGGGCCAGCAUGAAUCCGCCGGCCCUCCCAACCCACGUGCCACUCGUCUCAGCACCUCUCCUCUCCUCUUCCCUUCCCUUUAUGAAGGUAGAGUCAGUCCCAGGCCAAAGUGGCACAUCAUUAUAGCCACAUAUGGAGCAAACUUGGUUAGAAACUCGCUUUUCCGCACACCCUUGUAAUACCGGCUAUAUAUACACACACAUACCCCCCGCGCUUCGAGGACAAACACACUCGCCAAGGGAACAAGAAUUUGCUUCCAAACAUGGAAGGAUCUCGGACUAUUGGAUCUGACCAAUUUGGGUAUCUCGCCCAGAGAGCCAAAGAGUUAUUGGGUCUUCCCCUCCCGCGGGGACAGGGCUGGGAAGAUCACGAGCUCCCCUUUCCCUCCUCCUUUCCGCCGGCGUUCAACCGCGCGGCGCCGAAGCCGACCGGCGCGUUCGCCUCCAUCUGCGCCCCGGCACGGCCUCGGGAGAGACUUGGGGAAGCAAAGACCACGCCGCCUGCGUUUAGGAGCCGCCCGUGCCCGUGGCACCAGGCUUUGGCCUUUCCCAGAGGGGCGAGGAGGGCUGGAGCAUCUCCACGCGCUCGCUCCGGCCCGUGAGCUCUCCCGUGAGCUGCGGGGAGCGUCGGCGGGCCCCGAGCAGGCAGCGCUGCCCUGCCUGGCUGGGUUUGCCAGCGAUUCUGCAGAGCCCCAGGUCAUUGAACCGGCCCAGGGAAAAGAGCAAAUUGGAAAAAGCUGUUGGGUUUGAGCUGAGUGGGCGGCUCCCGGCGCUUCGUGCCAACGGCAGAGCAGGCUCGGCCUUCCGGAGGCACAGGCUCCCUGGCCGCAGCGCCGCAGAUGUGGCUGAGGGGCUGGGGACCCCAUGGGCUGGGGACUCCAUGGGGGUGGGCUUGUUUGGUUUUGCUGAAAGGAAAUGGUUUCCUGCCUCAUCCCACCCUGGCCUGCAGCUUAAAUGAGGCUGCAAGGUACGGGGGGAUAAACAUGGAUGGGCAACCUCACCCCAGUCCUCUGCUCGUGGGACUGAGCCAGAGACUCACUCUCCACCUUCCCCUGAUACUGCAGCGAUUGGGGAUGAGCCAGGGUGAUGGAGGGUUUAUACCCUGUGGACAAAGACCUCUGGAAACCAGCCCAUCCUUUCCUCACCCACUACAGAGAGCCACCAGCCAACAUGGGGACACCACCAGCUAAGACGGGUGGCCUGGAUGGAGAAGGCACCAGCCCUACUCACCUAGAAGGGCCUGGCUGUACUAGGCACUGUGGCAGUAGAUCUGAGGACAAAUGCAGCCCCUGCUAAGGUGCUUCCUCCAGAUAAACAUCCUCUGGUGUGUAAGAUCAAGGCUGGAAGUGUCCCAACUACACAUGUGCCUGCCAGAGUCUCACCACUCCCAGGAGCAUCCUCUCCCUGCAGGACCCUCGGCCUCACCAUAGGCAGUAUCUGCCUGGAGGGACUCAUCCAGCACCUGGUGCUGGAGACCUGAUGGGAGAACCAGGAGAGGAGCACAUCUCCUCUGGCUGGGGGUGAGCUGGCCCCUCCAUCCUGCCCUCAGCCCCAGGCUUUCUCUACUCCAACCAAGGUAACUCCUUGUUGGGAGGAGCCACCUCCUCUUCCAGCACAGCAGGCAGGGAGGGAGCACGGCCUGACCAACACUGCCCACCUCAUCAAGGGACCAAAAUCCCCACUCUGUGCCCCCCACCCCUACUUCCAAGUCUCAUAUCCACACCAGAAGGGGAGAACAUAAGAGACCUGACGAAAGCAGAGCCACACCAGGCUGGAUCCACCGUGCCUCAAAUCACCCCCCACGAGAAACGCUGCUUGGGGCAGGAGGAGGGUUGGUUCUAUUCCCAUGGAAAGCACAGGGCUCAUUUUUGUCUCAGUUACACAAGAUGAAACCACAGGGAUAUAAAUGUCGCUGCCUCUUUGAGAGCAUUAAUGAAAAUAAACCCAUCUAAUAGUUUGCAGAUGCCAGUUCUGUAAACCUAAAAAAAGCAGGGAAUAAAUAUUUCUUCACUAAAUAUCUAUAUGUAUAUAUAUUUGAAAGGAAAAAAACCCCCAACACUUGCUCCUCAUCCCAGGGCCCCCCCUUUGCUGUGCUCCUGGCAGCUUGUCAGUCAACAGCAAAGCCUCACCAAGAACAGAUACAAACUGCAGCCAGGGAGGAGCAGCAGGACGGAGGGAUGAUUGUAACCUAAGCUCCCUCUUGCCCUGUCUAUUUGUACAUUUCAAUUGCUUGUAACAAGAUCCACGGUGGGAUUGGGUUUUUUUUUUUUUGUCCCUUUCUUCUGCAUGUCUGUGUUUUGGAAAUGUUUGUAAGGUUUUUGUAAAAACAGCUCUUGUGAAAUA